CCCGUCAGAAAAGUAGAGAAGUUCUCCAAAACUCUAGUUCUGGCGCGCCAGUUCAUUUCAGUCACAUUACUUCUGAGUUCCACGAUGAGAAAUGAGUCAAAAUUCGCUACCAGAAGAUCAAAAUGCAUACUAUCAACCCAAAAUUUGAGUAGUGUAAUAAGUUGGAUCAUUAUGGGCCUGCACAGUGGGAUGUUGAUGUCAACGCCAUAUGGUAGGGAGACAAAGAUGACGCCUGCAGCGGAGACAACUGACGACUCAAUUGACCCAUAAUGCAUUGCGCACGCGAAGCAUGAGUCAUGUCGUCUGUCACUGCACCCGUGAACCUUGGCGUACUCAGCCAGCACGUCCAUAUCCGAUAUCCAGGGCUCACAUUCAAAUAAAUUAUCAUUUAUGCUUAUGUUUUAAUUCGAUAAGGAUCUCCAGUUCAGCUGGAUUCAUUCUGGCAACUUACACAUCGUGAGUAUGAGGCCGAGGCCCAUGCAGUAGGUCUACACAUUUCCUUGUAUGCAUUACCCCCAGAACUCUGGGGUCCGACGUACAGUAAGGCAGACUGGAGUGAGGCUGGACUACAUUGCUGAUAUGUGAUGUCAAGUGUGACCCUCAUGUCAUGGGUCAUUGUUGGGUUUCAGUGUCUGACACGGUAGUGCAUCUUCAACUCUGCAGACAUUUUGCAUGAUUCUACCGAAGGUCACUAGCUUUCAGACUAUGGCGAUCUCUAGGUGUACACAAUGUAUGUCUUUUUCCAGAGUGAAUCGUCAGAGAAUCAGAGCACUGGUCAUUUUAGCCCUUGUGGUCCUUGUGCUGAUCACUUAUAUGAAUCGGCGGAAAAUAAGCAUCAUUCUAAGUAACACUAUUCACGGCUUGAAUGCAAAGAGAAGGAACGUGAAUCUUGUCCAAGAGCAGCUGAGGCGGCCGCUCAAAGCGGUCAAGGAAGAGGGUGAUAUUGUGGGCGGAGUCGAGGGUGUUAAGACUUGCAAGAGGGCCUGGCAACAAGGCUCCUCAUCCUGGUUUGACAGGCGUUACAAGGAGAGCAUACCGGCGUUGUGGACAAGGCGAAAUAGGGAGUUGAGACCGGAAGUUCGUGAGUGGUGGCUGUCCAUCCAUGAAGACGGUGACCGUGACAUCCCAGCCCUACUGAACUCCCUUUUCCAAAUUGUCCCUGAUGUGGAUCCUUACCCCAAGCGUAACCUGGACCGUUGUGUACGAUGCGCAGUGGUCGGCAACUCAGGCAACCUGCGGCAUUCGGGAUACGGCGCUCUCAUUGAUUCCCACCACCGGAUUAUCAGGGUCAACUAUGCCCCCAUCCAGGGGUACGAAGACGACGUAGGGAGCAGAGAGACGCACCGCAUUGCCUACCCCGUCACCUACACAGAAGUGCAGAAGGGGGCCCAUUUUGUCCUGGUGCCGUUUGGAGCCAAGGAUAUUGACUGGUUGAUCAGUGCGUUGACAAAUGGCACAAUUACAUGGACCUACUCUCCAGUGCCGCGCUUCAUUGAUGUCGACCGGUCAAAGGUGCAGGUGUUCAACCCUACAUUGAUGUAUGACAGCAAAUUCAGCUGGAUCGGGGACGAAGAACGGUGGCCCUCAACGGGGUUUCUCAUGAUUCUAUUCGCAUUCCACAUCUGCGACGAGGUCAACAUAUUUGGUUUUGGAGCCUCAUCCUAUGGCGCCUGGGACCACUACUGGGAACCAGACGCUGGGCUGUGGAACAUCAUCUACAAGUCCAUGUUCUCGCCGCACAACCACUCGGUCGAGGAGACCAUCCUGGAGAAGUGGAACAAGGAAGGCAAAGUCAAGAUUUUCCGUGGAAUAAGAUAACAGAUUCGCUUUAUGAACCUUCUCAGUUACUGCUUGCUGUCUGGCAUGCCUCUGAGGGAGGGCACUCUUUAACUUAAAAGGCAUGCGGAGGGCACCAUUGAAUCUCCAGGGCCUAAUUUCACGGAAAUUGAAAAAUUGGCGCUUACCGUAACAGAAAAAAGCCUGGUCUGUGCAGAAUGGAGAUUGUAAGCACGGAAUUCUGCGGUAAGCAGCGCCACAAAAUUGGGCCAAGAUCAUAUGUGCUUUCUUUGCAGUUUUCCCCAGCGACAAGAAUAAGUCUGGUUCCAAAACCAUCCUUGUGUUCUUGCCUGUGGUUGAGGGAAAAAAAGGUGCAUAUAAAAUUAUUUCUGUCCAUUUUUGAUGGAAACCCUGUAAAUUACCUAACCAACUUUCAAUGAAACAUGUGAAUUCCAAAUUCUGUUAGAAGAAUUUUGAAACCAUUGUUUGAUCAGUAGCAUUGAAUGGUUGACCUCAUGUAUGUGUAAAUUGAUAAGAAAUCCAUUCAAGUGCAUUCCUAGGAAAUCCGUGUUGAAAAAUUAAAACCCCCCAAACACAGUGCCUUUUGCACACUUUUUGUAAACUGAGUACAUUUAUAUAUAUUUUGCAGAUUUUAUAUAAAAUGUGCAAACAAUAAGAUGAAUCAUUUAGAUGAAACACGCCGAGCUUUUGAAGCAAUAUGAUUAUUUGCAGUGGUAUCUGGUUGAAUUAAUGGAGUAAUUUAUUUGAUUUAAUUGGAAAUUGUAGAAUGGAAUUUCACCAAGCAUUGUUAAAACUACUCUGACUUUGGAGGCUCACAAUUUAUUUUAUUUGCAUGCAUUUGGAUGUUUAUCCUCCUGAUUUUAGCAAAUGCCUUACAUACAAAAAAGCAUUUUUCAUACCUAUUGCAGAAACAAACACAAUGUUGGAAGUUGCCAACUGGUCCCCCAAAAAGUCACGAGUUAGUUGGCUGCUUGCCAAAUUCUUCAGUACGACAUUUUCGUAGUUUUCAAGGCCAAAAUGGAAAUUCUUAGCACUUAGUUUAGUUGAGGGGGCUCAUAGGAAAGAUGGCGUUUGUUAGAAUUUGAAGAAUGUUUAGGGAGUUCUAUGGCAGCUGUUGUAUGUAAGAGGCAUUUUUUUUAAGAAGGGUCGUAAACAGGACUUAAAAACUGUUCACUUUUCAAGGGCAUACUGUGAGAAAUGUGCACUGUACUGAUACAGUCGAACACAGAUAGGGAAAAGCACUGUUAACACAAUGUCACGCAUAUAACAAGGACAAUUUCAGGUCCAAACUCUGUGUUUCUUUGUUUUCAUUACAGAUAAUACAAGGUAAUUUGUAAAGUCACAAGGACCUUGUUAAAACAGUGAUCCACAUGUUCAUGGUUUUGUAUGAGCUCAUGGCAAAAUUAUGCACUUUGUUUGGCAAAUGUAAUAGUUUGUUUUAUGGUGAAGUCCGUCCCCGAUAGAGAUGAGGGCGCUCACUUUUUUGGACGUGGGUUUCUUGAGCAUCCAAAAUGUGAUGUACUUGUAGCAAGUCAGGUUGGGCAAAGCAAUGGAAGGAGAAACGGCCAAAAUAACAUGAGGGUGUUUCCACUACUUCCAAGAAUUUUGAAAAUCUUUGAUGUUGCUGUCAGUAGAAAUGUUCAGUAAGAGUUUUUAAAGUGAGAUGUUAUCAAAGUAUUCAGUAAUCUCAAAGUGAAAGACUGGUUUCUUCAAUUUGGACAUUUCAAAUAGUCAAAUUUGAAAAUAACCACUUGGGAAUGUAUCCAAUAUCCAAUCCAAUAUUGAAAGAAACAAAAAGUUCUUUAAAAUUCGUACAGCAAGGUCAACAUUGUCCUACAAAAUCCUAUUGCCGAAAAUCAGAACCGAUUUCAUACCCAAACGUGCCUAAUUUUACUUUACCUCUUUUUAAAAAAAAGUUUCUCUGCUUUUUCCUAAGUCAGUCAAAUCGUAUAAGGCAUUUGCCCAGCAAAAUGAGCCUGUGAUUGACCACGAUCAACAUACGGUGUCACCUUCAGUGCUGUGAAAACCCUGUGUUGAAAUAACCUUCUUUUCAAAAAGUUACUGGACAAGAUUCUGAAAAAUGUGAUGUAAAUUAAGAUGUUGAGAUAUCUGUUGAAGAAAUUCCUGACUAAUGCAUCAUUUUGCUUGCAUCAUGUGUGAUAAUACACUGAUUAUAUUCUUAAUGACAAAGCUCAACACAAACACAGAGGAGAACAUUCUUCAGAGGGGUUCUCCAAUACCGGCUUUUCAUGUCCGACUUUGCCUCUGACAUUGCAGCCGCUUGUAGGCCUUUGAUAAUUCAAAUUGAAUGGCAAAAAUACUUCAUCAUGCCAAAAAUACUUCAUCAUGCCAAUAGCAGAGACUGUUUUUCUGGUCGCAAAGCAUGACUUGUUCUGAGCUACCAGUUUCAAAGUCAGAGGGAAUCAAAAUUUUAGUCCAAGCCAGAGACAGUCGAGUAUUGGAAAAACCCCUGGCAUUCAGGUUUCCAGGGUGUUUCAUAAAUUGUUAAUCUCUGGUUUCUUUCUUUGGAUGUUCUGUUCUCCAAUGAAGUGACAAAAGGCAUUGAACAAAGUAUAUCUUGCCCAUAGAUGAAAAUAAUUCUGGUGUUUAAGAAGUGAAAAAGAUUACUGUGUUGAAAGAGAAACGGACAAUAAAUCUUCAGCAAAAAAAUAA